UCUUCACUUUUGCAAUAAAGUCCCACAUAACUACCAACAAUUCUCUCAUCCUCAAAACAAAAAACAACAAAUGAAAAUGUCUCGAAAUUGUGUUCUCCCUCUUGUGAUCAUAGUCGGAUUAUGUUGUCUUAUGAUGAACGCUGAUGCCAUCUCGCCGUCCGGAUGGACUCAAGCUCAUGCCACAUUCUACGGAGGCAGCGAUGCUUCCGGCACAAUGGGGGGUGCUUGUGGAUAUGGGAACUUGUAUUCGUCUGGGUACGGUACUAGAACGGCAGCGUUGAGCACAGCAUUGUUCAACGACGGGGCAUCAUGUGGGCAGUGCUACAAGAUAAUGUGUGAUUACAAUGCUGACCCUCAAUGGUGCAAGAAGGGCAUGUCCGUAACCAUCACCGGGUGCAACCCGCCCCGCCAGCAUUUCGACAUGGCUCAACCGGCUUGGGAGAAGAUUGGUAUCUAUAGAGGCGGUAUCGUGCCCGUCCUCUACCAAAGGGUUCCUUGCAAGAAGCACGGUGGAGUCAGAUUCACGAUCAACGGUAGGGACUACUUUGAGCUAGUGAUGAUCAGCAACGUGGGAAAUGCUGGAUCCAUUAGAUCAGUCCAAAUCAAGGGCUCAAAAACGGGGUGGAUGGCUAUGUCCAGAAAUUGGGGUGCAAAUUGGCAGUCCAAUGCUUACCUCAAUGGCCAAUCAAUCUCCUUCAUGGUCACAACAACUGACGGCGUUACAAAAACGUUCUCAAACGUUGUCCCAUCUAAUUGGGCUUUCGGACAGACGUAUUCGAGCCCAAUCCAAUUCUGAGCUAAAUAUGGGCCCUCGAGUUCUUGGUGGUUUUGGGCUUUGGUAUUUUGCCGGCCGCGGCGUGCUUACUAUUUUACCAAAAGCAGCCCGCCAACGUUAUUUUGCGCUACACGAAUUGUACUUUGUUGUUGUUUUAUUUUGUUCGCGAUGGGAACGGACCGAUGAACUCGAGCCUUAAACUAGAAGGGAAAUUGGUGGGCACUUUGUAUUUAGUCGUCUUUGUUUUCCAAUUUCAAUUAUAUUUAAAUAUACAUUCAUACCCGAAAUAAGAAGUACGGUAGCACGAAGCUUUGUAUUGCUUGUUUUCUAUUGUUGCAUGCAAUUCUUGUAAUCAUAGUAUGAGAAAGACAUACAUAUGUAUUUUUUGUUUUAAAUUUUCGAUCA